AUGUUUUUGGGCCAAGUCGGAAAAUGGCUGCUUGGUUUAUUGCUCCUACUCAACAUACGCGCCUUCCCUACGGUCUGGCACUUUCGCAUUUUCCGACCUUUGAUCUAUAUCUGGUCCUCGCAUUUCUUUUUCAAAAUAAGGGCAAUCUUUAUGUCCAAGUCUGCCAAGGAAAACGCGUUCGAACGUUGGAUCGAUUCUCUGACGCCGGUUGGAGCAAGCCCGUUUCAGUCAACAUUGUUUCGCUCUUGGGCCAGUAUCGAUGAGAGCGACUACAACUUUCACCUUAGCAAUUCAAGCUACGCAAAGGCUCUUGACGCUGCUAGAUUUAAACUCGCUUGCCAUUUGCUGCCGAAAUUUAUCAUCGCUGGUGGUGUCAUCCCGCUGGCUGGAACUCAUUUUCACUUUGUGCGCGAAAUACCGAUUCUGGCCAAAUAUGAAGUGAGGGUUACUCUUGGAGCUUGGGACGAAAAAUGGAUAUAUAUCGUGUGUCGUUUUGUCACGAAAAGCCAGGGCAAAAACAAAGGCUCCUCUACGGCUAAGAAAAAUGACGCAGAAAUCUCCCCAUCCUUUUUUCACGCUCCGGUCAACUCAAGUGGAGUUUCCAUGUCCAGCACGCCAGUGAAUAGUACAACGCCAGUGCCACCCACAGAUAUGGAUAAGUUGGCAUCGAAACUGCUAUCAACCGGGGAACCUGAUGGGGCUACACUCCACACGAUAACUAUCUCACAAAUGUGUUUCAAAAUGGGUCGUAUCACGGUUCCUCCUGCUGUGGUUUUUGCCGCAAACGGGCUUUGUGUCCCUCCUGUCUCUACUUCCGAUACGCCUACCCCCGAGCCAUAUUCUUUGACCAACCCGCCGCCUCACUGGGACAAAGUCAAGCCAAUUGCAUCAACACUUCACGGUGGAAGUAUCAAGAAACUGCAAGCAUUCUUCCGUGGAGGAUGGAAAGAGCUUCCAGAGGACGAACGAUGGUGGCAAGAGGCGAUGGGUGGUGCUGUCGAGCAGCAGAGACGGCAGAACCUACAGGUCCUAGAUAUGCUCAGGAAAGGUAUGGAAGGUGCGAGGGAGAUGAGGUGA